UUCCCUCUCUUCCUCUUCAUUUCCUUCACUUUCCCAGCAUAGAAAGUCUCUCUCUCUCUCUCUCUCUCUCUCUAUAUAUAUAUAUAUAUAUAAACAGGUACAUAUGUGUCCUUCAAUGGCAAUGGCAAAACAAAAUGAUGAAGCCCUAGAAACCCAAUACCAAAAAGGAGUGAAGCAGCUGUAUGAGAAAGGCAUUGAGAGAAUUCCUAACAAAUACAUAUUGCCUGUUCAAGAACGACCCAGUAGUACUACUCAAGUAGAAGCAGCCACCAGGGAAAAUAUCAAGUUGCCCAUAAUUGAUUUUGCUGAAUUGCAAAGCAAAAAUCGUCCCCAUGUCCUCAAAUCCCUCGCCGAUGCUUGCAAGCAGUAUGGCGCUUUUCAGCUGGUAAAUCAUGGCAUUUCAAAAGAUGUUAUUAGUGGAAUGGUCGAUGCAGCUGAGAGAUUUUUUCGUCUUCCCUACGAGGAAAGAUCAAAAUACAUGUCAUCAGACAUGGAAGCUCUAGUUCGAUAUGGAACUAGCUUUAAUCAAAACAAGGACAAUGUUUUCUGCUGGAGAGAUUUCUUGAAGCUAAUGUGUAAACCUUUGUCUGAUGUUCUUCCUCAUUGGCCUUCUUCUCCUACAGAUUUCAGGAAACUGGCGGCUACCUACGCAAAAGAAACCAGUGACUUGUUUCUAAUGAUAAUGGAGGCAAUCUUAGAGAGCUUGCUGUUGGGAACCAAGAAGAACAAGAAGGCGGAAGAAGAAGAAGAUGAUGUUGUAACAAUGAAGGAUUUGAGAGAUGGUAGCCAGCUAAUGAUUGUUAAUUUCUACCCGCCAUGCCCAGAACCUGAUCUCACUUUAGGAAUGCCACCACAUUCUGAUUAUGGAUUCCUCACACUUCUUCUUCAAGACGAAGUUGAAGGUCUGCAGAUUCAAUAUAAAGACAAAUGGGUCACUGUUGAAUCUAUCCCCAAUGCUUUUGUUGUCAAUGUUGGCGAUCAUCUUGAGAUAUUUAGCAAUGGGAAGUACAAAAGUGUAUUACAUAGAGCGAAAGUGAACUCAGCAAAGACAAGAAUUUCGGUGGCAUCUCUACACACAGUUCCAUUCAAAUGCAUGGUAAAGCCAUGCCCAAAACUCAUAGAUGAAGCCAAUCCAAGGCGAUAUCAAGACACAGAUUUUGCUACUUUUCUUCAAUACAUCUCAUCUCGUGAGCCCAAGAAUAAACAAUUCUUGGACUCUAGGAAAUUAAUUCACCUUUAAAUGGCUCAUGGUGAUCCCACAAGAAAGGAGAAGUAGAAAAUUACUGACUUUUUGUAGCCUCAAUUAUAUAGCAAUCAUUUUGCUUGGAUUGUAUUUUCAUUUUUGUUUUUUUUUCCAAUAAAUAUAUUUUUAUUUAAACUCA